ACCUCGCGCGAGCACGUCCGCUUUUACUCGCGUCCGGUCCGCUGGCGGGUGCACUUUCUUUCCGCCGCCACCGCCGCCACCGCCGCCGUCGUCUCCGUCUCCGUCUCAGUGGCAGCGACGCGCAGUACGACGCGAUAACUCGGUUUAGUGUGUGCACACGGCUCGCAUAGGAGGUAACCGCUUACCCGCGGUGUGUAAUACGCGCGUCGCGGCCGUAACGUCCGUACAUCGCUGCUGGGUCGGCCGCACGUCGCACUCGACAACCACACCGCUCGCUCGCACGGACGGACGGACGCGCAGACCGCGGCCAACGCGCGUUUAUGGUGCUCGGCCGCCGUCGACGAUGCGGUCGCAGCAGCUGCAGCUGAUGGUGGUGCACGUGUGCAUGCUGACCGCCGCCGUCGCCUCGACCGUCGGCCACGGCUCGGCCACCGCCGCCCCGGCGACCCCGUCCACGGACGACGACGGUGACGGCACGUCCAGACCAGACAGGCAGGACGACAAGCGGAUAUUCUUCGACGAUAUAUUCGGUUCGGUCAGCUACGAACCCGAGGAGAAGUUACCGGUGUCCAACUGCACUUGCAAUUGUGGAGUGCCCAAUCAAGAAAUCCGCAUAGUGGGCGGUCGCCCCACCGGGGUACACAAGUACCCAUGGGUAGCGAAACUCGUGUAUGAAGGUCAUUUCCACUGUGGUGGAUCACUCAUCAACAGCGAUUACGUACUGACUGCAGCUCAUUGCGUUCGGAAAUUGAAAAAAUCUCGUAUACGUGUGAUAUUCGGCGAUCACGACCAGAGCACGUCGAACGACGGUGAAACGAUCACCAGGAUGGUAUCUUCGAUCGUGCGUCAUCGGAACUUUGACGUGAACUCGUACAACCACGACGUGGCUCUAUUGCGGCUGCGGAAGGCGGUACCGUUCACCAAAUCAGUGAGGCCGAUAUGUUUGCCGAUAGCUACUCGCGAACCGUCCGGAAAAGUGGGAACCGUAGUCGGUUGGGGACGUUUGUCAGAAGGUGGAAAUCUAGCGGACGUCGUGCAAGAAGUUCAAGUACCGAUCCUGUCGCUGGCGCAGUGCAGGGCUUCAAAAUACCGACCACAGAGGAUCACAGCCAACAUGAUUUGCGCCGGAAAGGGAGUUGAGGACUCUUGUCAGGGCGACAGUGGAGGUCCUUUGUUAAUAAACAGCGAUGUCGAUGACAAGUUGGAAAUAGUCGGCAUAGUGUCUUGGGGCGUCGGUUGCGGUAGACCCGGUUACCCGGGCGUGUAUACCAGAGUUACCAAAUAUCUGGAUUGGAUCCAAAAGAACAUGCGAGAUACCUGUGCGUGCUACUUGCGGCCGCUACGGGUCACAGUCAUGACACCGAGUCGCCAAGGUUCGUUUCUCGCGGGCGUUCUGCUCGUAAUAGCAUGUGCAACGCAACAGGGCAUUGGCUUGAAAAACGUAUUCACAGACUUCGGUUUUCGCAAACCUACGCCUCAAGUGGCCGUGGAUUUGAUCACCAAAAACGGCCAGGAAUGCGACUGUAGUUGCGGAUCUCCGAACGUCGACACGAAGAUCGUGGGCGGCGAACCAUCGGGCGUGCACGAAUACCCCUGGAUGGUCCGUCUGUCGUAUUUCAAUCAAUUCUACUGCGGCGGUACACUGAUCAACGAUAGAUACGUGCUGACAGCCGCUCACUGUGUCAAAGGAUUCUUUUGGCCACUGAUCAAAGUCACCUUUGGCGAACACGAUUAUUGCAAUGCCACCAGAAAACCAGAAACCCGUUUCGUCUUGAGGUCUAUCGUUGGUGAGUUCAGUUACCUGAAUUUCCAAAACGAUUUGGCGCUGUUAAGACUCAAUGACCGAGUGCCGAUGACCGCGACCAUAAAGCCCGUUUGUUUACCGACUGAUGCAAACGACACAUACAGCAACGGUAUAGGAAAGGCGGCGGGUUGGGGUACGCUGUAUGAGAACGGAAGUCCGUCGUGUCACCUGAGACAGGUGGACGUGCCGAUCAUUGACAACGAAAAGUGCGCCAAAACCAAUUACACGGGCGAUUUGAUCACGGACAACAUGAUUUGCGCGGGGCACGAAAUGGGCGGCAAGGACUCUUGCCAGGGCGACAGCGGCGGCCCGCUGAUGAGACUCAUGGACAACAAACGGUUCGAGAUCAUCGGAAUUGUAAGCUGGGGUCACGGAUGUGCACGUCCUGGAUAUCCGGGAGUAUACACAAGAGUUGCCAAAUAUUUGUCUUGGAUCAAAGAAAACUCCAAAGAAGGAUGCUAUUGUUCACAAUGAUUAAGAAUGAUGACACAGUACUCUGUAUACAACUAUAAAUAACACAUAAUAUACCUAUCUAGUACAGUAGUAUAAUGUUUGAACGAAGACACAUGAUUUAUUAUUAUUUGUUAAAAGCUUAUUAUCUAGUUAUCAUAUUUUAAUAGUAACUAUCAUUAAUGAUUGUGAUAAGAGUUAUAGAAAUAUAGAAUAUGCUUGGUACAUCGUGGAUAAUGGACAUAUCACAUCUGACAAUUUGAGAUUUAAAUUGUAAUAUUACAUUAUUUAAUUAUGUCUUUUAACAUAUUCAUGAUACAUCUUACAUAGUUUAUACAGCAUGUAAUAUUAAUUGUAGUCAAUAACCCUUUUAAAUUUCUAUUUAUUUUUUACAUGCAUCAUGAAAAAUAGGGUUAUUAACUAUAAUUAAUUAAAAUCCUUUAGUAUGUUUAAUAACGUGGGCAUUGUAGAAAAGUAAAAAAUAAUUUU